GAGGGCGUCGACUAAUACACGCGUCAGCGGAAUGAUGGCGAUGUGCAGUGUAGUGCGGUGUGUUGCUGUUAGUUUGAGCUCGACUCUGUCUCGACUUUCGCACAGAAACGCUGUGAUCUCUGCGACACUGCUGGAGAGAAGAUGUUUUAACAGAUCCCUCAGCACCAACGCCUCACUCUGUGCAGCGCUGAAGUUCACAGAUAAACACGAGUGGGUUCGCGUGGACAGUGGCGUGGCGACAGUGGGCAUCAGUAAGUUUGCUCAGGAGGCGCUGGGGGACGUAGUGUACUGCGGGCUACCUGAAAUAGGCACACAGCUCUCACAAUCAGAUGAAUUUGGUGCUCUGGAGAGUGUUAAAGCAGCGAGUGAGUUAUAUUCUCCUCUGACGGGUGAGGUGACCGAGGUGAAUGACGCCCUAGCAGACAACCCAGGACUGGUGAACAAGUCCUGCUAUAAAGAUGGUUGGCUGAUGAAGAUGAGCGUAUCCGUACCGGAGGAAUUGGAUGCACUAAUGGAUGAAGCUGCUUAUGAGAGAUACAUCAAAUCUAUAGAGGACUAGAUCCCGCCAUCGGCAUGUGUGAUUCACGUGUGCAUUUCCUUAUCCAAUAUAUCCAGUACAUUUCUGUUUGUAGUUGAUUUAAUUUAGAUAUUCUUAUCUGAAACACGUAUCCACAUCAACCCACAAUCAGUGAAUGAAGGGGACUACAUGGACACAACGCAAUGCAACAAGUAAUCUAACUGGGUCGAAUCUGUUAUAUUCAAUAUGUUGCUGCAGAGAUGCAGAUACACCAACAUACACAGUCAGUAUAACAGUUUCAUCUCCUUUAUAGAUGUUACACUGUUCUGGUGAAAGCUUGCCAUUGCGUGAAAUAAGCGAAAAAUAAAAUGACAGAAAAUAUAAUACUCAGUUAUCCGGUUGACUGAAGGGUCUGUCAGUGUUGUUUUGAGUCAGGGCUCAACAGUAAGGAAGUCUAAGGCUAACGGGAGAGAGAUUCCAGUUAAUACAAUUGUCACUCGCUCCAUUUCACUACAUCAAACAUUAUCUAGCUUUUAACAUAGACAAGGACUUAACAAAAUAACAAGAAUAAUCUGAGAAUAUUUUAAACCAAUCAGUAUUAUUUUGAACACUAUGUCAUUGUUAAAGCGUGUGAAAGUUUUCAGUGAUUGAUGUACUGUAGCUUUUUUUCGUAAAGAAAGCCUAAUGUUUAAUGAACAUUAAUGCUUCCUGACAAAUAAAAAAGGGCCAGCAGAAAUGUUAAAUGAAAAAUCCUUAUUGUUGAGCCUGCGAGUGGAUGACAUGGUGAAAUGCGCUGUUUCUGUGUUGGACUCAGACUGCUAUAGCUAUUAACAACAAUAAACAACUGUUUAAAACUU